CCUUAAAAGGACAAAUAUAGCUCAACGCAAGUUUGCGAGCAGCUCUCUGUCCAGAAAUGCGCAAACACAGCGGCUCCAUGCGGUCAGUAUGCCUGCGACUGAUAUGUCCAAUGUUCUCGACAUCCUCCGGUCACUGUACCAGCACAUACAGACUCUGGAGGAGUUUGCUAACAGCGUCGUUUUCAGAGAGGGACACAAAGCAGCUGUUGUCGAGCAGUCAGACACAAACCGCUUCAAAUCAUUCGUCAGCAGCGUUUUUGUAUGUUUUGACAAGGAGCUGCAGCAAGUACCAAGUUGCAAACAGAUCUGCACACUGCCUGAGCUUCUGGCUUUUGUCCUCAACAACUUGAAGAGAAAAAGGAAAAAAAAUGUCUUAGCACAUGGCUAUAAGUAUCUCUCCCUGGCUCAGGAGGAUCAGGAUGCAGAUCAGUUCAAAUUCCAAGGUGAUCUGACUCAAAGUGCUGCCUACAUCCAUGGCAGUGAUCAGUGGAAGAAAGUCACGACUCGUCUCGGCACAGACCUCACACGGUACCUUCUGGAGAGCUGCUCUGUAUUUGUGGCAGUUCCUCCAUCAUGUGCUUUCCAGGUGUGCGGCCUUCCAGUCUAUGACAGAGUGUCCAGGAUUACUGCUUCCAGUGGGUUUUCUCUCCAGUCGCCACACAGGAAAUACAACUGUUCUCAGUUUGGAAAAUAUGAAAGGUCAGUGAGUUUGAAAAAGAGGCACACAGUUGAGAAUCCUGCUGUAAGCAAGAGGAGGAAGAGACGGGAUCUAAGAGCAAAGACAAUGAAAAGAAAGAGGAAAGCUGAUCAAAAGGAUGAGGAGGAGAUUAUGACUUGCUCAAAAAAGAGAUCUGUAGCACACCAUGAAUACAAACAGGAAAUUCAACAGGUUUGCUAUGAUUUCACUGGCACGGAGAAGGGACAGUCGGUGCCUGAGAAAUCAGCACUGUCUGUGAAAACUCAGGAAAAUAGUGCGGCUGGCAUCAAACAGCUUGUUGAAAUGCCAAAAACCUUACUUCCCUUGGAAGGUGGUUCAUCCUGGAAGUCAGGGAUUUUCCCUCCUUUGCCACCCUCACAAUGUUUUUUUCGCACACUGGGACUCAUGUAUGGAGGCAGAGGCAUGUGUGGCUUCCUUCUCAACCGGAGGAAGAAGAGUGCUGAUGGAUCCAGAAGGCUAGAGGGGCCAGAUUUGAUAAGAAUUGUCUUCUUUGAAGGACUGCCUUAUUUAAAGGAGCUUGAGAGGAAGCAAAAAAAACUCCCUCGGCGCUUCUUUUACAUGGUCCCGCUGUUUAAUCGGCUACUACGACGACACAGGAGAUGUCACUACAGCAGAAUACUGCAGAGGAUGUGCCCAGUGGUCAAGGAGAGCAGUGCAGCACAAGGAGAAUUAAGUUCCCUCCUAUCACAACGCUCUGCACCUCACCGGGUCUACCUGUUCGUCAGGGAUUGCCUCUCUGCUGUGAUUCCACAAGAACUGUGGGGCUGCGACCAAAACCGAAUUCAUUUCCUUGCCAGAGUCAGAGGCUUCUUGCGCAACGGCAAGUUUGAGAGGCUCUCACUGGCUGAGCUGAUGUGGCAUAUCAAGGUGAAUGAAUGUGAUUGGUUGAAGUUAGGAAAAAAAGAUCGGGUCCCACCCAGUGAAUUCGCACGUCGGACACGGAUGCUGGGUCAGUUCUUGGCUUGGCUUCUGGAAGGUUAUGUUGUGGGCCUCGUUCGAGCCUGUUUUUAUGUCACAGAAAGUGUCGCGCAGAAAAACGCCAUCAGGUUCUACAGACGGGAAGUCUGGGCCAAACUGCAAAACUUGGCCUUCAGAGUUCACCUCUCCAAAGGACAGAUGGAGGAGCUCACUCCAGUUCAAGUAGCUUCCCUCCCCAAAGGCACCGUUAUCUCCCGACUUCGCUUCAUUCCCAAGACUGAUGGCAUGAGGCCGAUCACACGAGUUGUCGGAGAAGAUCCCAAAACUAGGCUCUACAGAGGACGUGUCCGGGACUUGCAAGACAUGCUGCGAGCCUGUGUGAACUGUACUCCAUCCCUCCUGGGCUCCACAGUGUGGGGGAUGUCAGAUAUCCGCAGGGUGUUGUGCUCUCUGGCACCAGGCCAGAAAGAGAAACCCCAGCCCCUCUAUUUUGUUAAGGUGGAUGUGAGUGGCGCCUAUGAGAGCCUGCCACAUGACAAACUCAUAGAGGUGAUUGGCCAGGCCCUGUCACCUGUCCAGGAUGAGCUCAUCACCAUCCGCCGCUAUGCUAAGAUCUGGGCAGAUUCCCACGAAGGCCUGAAAAGGACCUUUGUUAGACAGGCAGAUUUCCUGGAGGACAGCAUCGAAUCCACCAACAUGAAGGGCUUUCUGGUUUCACUGCAGAGAAAAGGCAAAGUUCAUCACGCCAUCCUGGUAGAGCAGCUUUUCUGCUCAGACAUUCAGGGCAAAGAGGCCUUGCAGUUCUUUACCCAAAUGCUAACUGGCAGCGUUGUUAAAUAUGGGAAGAAGACAUACCGUCAGUGUCGAGGGAUUCCUCAAGGAUCGGUUGUGUCCAGUCUGCUCUGCUGUCUGUGCUACGGUCACAUGGAGAACGUGCUGUUCAGAGACACUCAAAAGAAAGGGUGUUUGAUGAGACUCAUAGACGACUUCCUUCUGAUCACACCUGACCUGAAUGAAGCACAAACCUUUCUCAAGGUUUUGAUGGCUGGAGUACCACAGUAUGGCCUGGUGGUCAACCCGCAAAAGGUGGUUGUCAACUUUGAAGUGUCAGAAAGCCUUGGACCUUGUCCUGACAUCCGUGUGCUGCCCCCCCACUGCCCCUUCCCCUGGUGUGGACUGCUGCUGGACACCCAUUCACUGGACGUCUAUAAAGAUUAUUCCAGCUAUGCAGGUGUGUCCCUGCGCUACAGCCUAACUUUGGGCUCUUUCCGCUCAGCUGGACAACAAAUGAGGAGGAAAUUAAUGUAUGUCCUCAGGCUCAAGUGCCAUGCUCUUUUCUUGGACCUGAAGAUCAAUUCUGUUCAGGCGGUCUACAAGAACAUCUACAAGCUGGUGUUGCUGCAUGCAUGCAGGUUCCAUGUGUGUGCACAGAGUUUGCCCUUUGGUCAGACGGUUGCUAAGAACCCUGCCUACUUCCUGCAGAUGAUAUGGGACAUGGCACAGUAUGCCAACAAGUUCAUCAGGCUCAGCAACAAAGGACUGAUUUUAGGUGAUAAAGCCCAGACGGGCAUUCUACAAUAUGAAGCAGUGGAGCUGCUUUUCUGUCUGUCCUUCUUGCUGGUGCUGUCUCGCCACCGUUGUCUUUAUAAAGCUCUGCUCCCACACCUGCAAAAACGGAAGCGACAUCUGGAGCGGUGUCUCGGGGAUCUGAGGCUGGCCAGGGUCCGACAGGCCGCUAACCCCAGAAUUUCAGUUGACUUCUUGGCCAUCCAGACAUAAAACUACCAGUUGGCACAAUUACAGUUUCCAACACAACCAAAGAAAACUAUUAUGAACUGAAAGGUAUGGAUAAGUAUUUCUUUAGUCCUGUUUUCCUAAAAUGUUAAUGUUUCUACUUUUGUUUGCGUUGUCUGUCAAAAUUAAGACAUUGUACAAAACUUUUAUGUCUGAUCCUCAGGUUAUAUGAGUGAGAUGAACAGUGUGUUGAAAUCAGUAAUUUGGGUUUAUCUUAUCUGUCAGCUUUCCGAAGACAUAAUAUGUAAUAUAUGUCAUAGCGUCAGACAAACUGGUUGACAAAAAAACGUCUGAGUCAUCUCAUAUAAAACACUUAAGUGAUAAACACCAGUCAUAAACACACCCUAUGAAACAACAACAACCAGAUCAGUAAAGAUGGAUAAUAGAAAAUUAUUGAGCUUCUGUACUAGAGCAGGUCUCAUUGCUCAGCUGUUUGACUGUUUGAACUUUGAUUUACACUUUGUGGUAGUUUUCCACAGUGGAAAACUGCCACAAAGAAAACAUGGCAUCACAUAGAAAAUAAAUCACAUGAAAAAGUGCACAGAAAUAUUACCAUUACAGUGAACAAGUCAAAUGAUCUUUGUACAAUAAUAUAUUUCUCCUUAAAAAUGGAUGAAAUUUAAGAUCUCAUACUUGUUAAACCUACAUUUGUGUCCAAAUAUGUGGUUUUUAUAAAUGUGGAAUCAAAGAAGGCUGCGUUUUUCACUCUGCUGAAUAUUAUUUACAUGAUGUACACCACAAAAACAAUGUCAGAAGGAAAAAAAAAUCUUACCGUUAAAUGAAUCUAGUUUUGUUUGUCAUAUGCCGCCUCAUGUUCUCAAAAUUCCUGAUCAUUAAAAGAUCAGAAUCAUUAAAUUCUGUAUUGCAAUUUAGAUGAACAUUCCACACAAGUAGUGAUAACAUGAAGACAUCUUCUGUUCAGGAACAUGGCAACCUUGUAACUCGCCACAUUCCUCAAGCUCUUUGAUUGUUCUGUUCCUGUGCUUAACCCUCAAAGGCGUAAUUGUUGUAGGGGUUUGAGUCGGCAUGAUGAGAUGACCUCCUCAUUAUUCGGCGGAUCAGUCUGUAGAUAGCCACUAGAGGGAUAGGAAUCACAGGCACUGAACAGAGAAGGACGAUUAUGGCAAACACCCAGUCUGGAUAUGACUUCGUUUCAGUUUUGGGGAAAUCAACCUAGAGACAAUGACAUGUACAAUGUGAAAAAAUAAGAAUUUAUACAUGUUUAAAUUAAAUAAAGCCAUACAGUAAGUAAUUAGGUUCACUUGUCCUCGCUUAAAAUUACUGAGUCCAACCAAGAAAUAUUAUGAGUGUAUAAAUUCUCAUAAAACCAUUUUCACUUUUCACUUUGUGUAUUCAUUAAACAAAGGAGAUGCAGAAUGAUUUUUUUUUUUUAAUUUUGCGCUGCUGAAAGGCUUUUUUUUUUUUAACCUUAGAGCAGAGCCAGGUUGGAAGUCGAGAAUGGCAGCACUUUAAAUAUUUUUUUUAGCGCUGCCAUCUAGAGAUAGUGGGUAAAUUAUCUCAUCAGUGACAACAGAAGCUUGUUUUCUCACUUUCUAUACAUAUGUAAGUUCUCGUCAUCUCGAUAACACGACCGAUUUUCUCAUGAUGAUGGGAUGCACAUACAGCGUCUUGGCAAAUGCAACAACUGACUUAAGCUGAAAAUGUCUGAUCAAGGAGUACAAUAUGAUCAACACAUCGGACGGGUCUUCGUUCAGAGUCUAACAAAUACAAAAACACAUGACACAUGACACACGACCAGCUUGGCUGCAGCCUACCAGGCCAGCGCAUUCUGCUGAGACUGAGCACGAUCGUGACUUUGAUCUCAAAGGUUAAAAUCAGGUGUGAUCAAAUGAACUAUAAAUUAUCUUGAGAAAUUGCCUUCUGCUUUAUUAAGAUAGUGACAUAAAUGUACUUAUCACAAAAUUAGCUUUGUUAUCUGAGCUUUGUUCACAUUGUAAAUAAAAUAUCUGCAAAUACUG